GCGAUAGGCUGGUCUGGUGGGCGUGCCUCGAGCUCGUGGCUCCUUGACGUGUCGAGAACACGCCCCCCCUCCCCUUCACGAGCGCGCGCUCCGGGUUAUCGAAGGAUAGGCACAGGCACUACUGUGCGCGCGCCCCCGCCCGCUGCACCUUUCGCCCACAACCACCGUUACAGUCUCGAGACACCCGCGGAGUGCGAGGAGGAUUCUGGGUACACCCCGUGUAUGUGCGGCAACAACAUGUCCGCACCCCUGCCUGCCAUUGUGCCUGCUGUCAGGAAGGCCACGGCCGCGGUGAGUAAUCUCCCACCAGCCCCCCCCAAGUAAUGGGGGUUAUAUUAUAGGGUGUAUUGCCCCUCCCCAAUGCUGCUAAUCUGUGCAGGAUCCCCAGUGUCCCUCUAAGGAAUGACUCCCAGGGUUCCCCACAGCACUCACACAGCCUGGGCUGGGAAGUUUGGGGAGUUCCUGGCAAAGUCCUCUCCAUGCAGUGACCGUGUCCUGUGUUUGGGUAACUCACUAGACAGACAGCUAACUUGUCACCCACCAUAGGGGGCCAUGGCCAGGUUAGGACUUAUUCAAUAACUAGACAAAAAUGGGGAAACAAGUACUGGCAAGGGCAUUUCAUUUAAGAAAUCACGUGGUGUCACUUUUUGGGGUAAAUGUUGAAGUGUACUGGUUUAAAUAUUUGACAGUAAAAAAAAAAAUAUAUAUAAAUUUAAGUUUUGGGGAAUUAUUAAUGGAAUAUAAAAUUGUAAGCUGCAGAAGAUCUAAGUUGGAUAUUUGUUUCUGUUUGCACAUUCGGCAAUUUUUUUUUUUUUCAUAUUUCCUGCAUUGGUAUGUUUUUUUUUGGGUUUUUUUUGGGGGUUUACAGUGGUUUAAUUCUGGUGCUCUGUCUCUAGGCUGGAACCUUUUCCUAAGGUUCGAUGUAGUCCCCAACAGCAGUAAUUCCACUAUCAUUGAUUAGAACCCUUUUAUUUUGGGAGUGUCCCUUACAAGGUCAUAAAUGUAUUAGCAUGUGAUUUACCUAAAAGUUAACAGCAAGAUGAUCCAAUAUUGCAACUGGGCAAGAAGUUUGUGAUUAUUGCAGAAGUGUUGGUUAAAUCAGUUUUUCAAGUUUUCUUUGUGUUUUGUGUCUGUCGACCAAAAAACAUCUAUGUUGGUAGUAUUUUGGCUGAUUCAUGUAUGCAGGAUGACUUACUUCAUAUAGAAGUCAAAUGUGAAUAAUACAUUUUUCUUGGACCUUUUUGAAAACUUGUGAACACAUUACCAAACCCCUUUGUUCACAUUGAAUGAUUAGUGUCUGAUAGUUGGAUUCUGUGCCCUUUGAACACCCACCUAGCGUCUUAUGCCAAUUUGAAACCUACUGUUCAGAAUCAGAUACAAUACCUAUUAGUCAGCCUCCUACCAAUGUCUGCUCCCACGUUUGUCUGAAGCUUAUCUUGUUCUAUCUCUGCAGGCGUUCAAUAACGACAAAAUUCUUAUAAUGUUGUUUUGCUUCACCGUGAGCAGUCUAUUCUGCUCUUCACAUUACUCUAUGAAAGCAAUUGUAGACUCAAAAUAAAAUGUAUACUGAAGACUGUUCUAUAGUAAUUUGAUAUUAGUUACAGCAAUGCCUUGCAUAGCUCUGCAAUCAGAACUGUCUGUCUAAUAAUCUGUGAGCCAUCUGCUCUUCCAUUCUAUAAGGCCUUUAAUAAUUUAGUCUUAACCAAUGACAUUUUUGUUGCACUGUGACCUUGAAAAUGGUAUUUUGAUAUUGUUGCUGGCUUUUGUUUAGAAUCGUUUUGUAUAUCAGUUAAUAAAUGUGCUAUAGUUGCAUGUUUAUGACCAGAGACUGCAUAUCUUUUCCCAUACAUUACCUUUAACAAACACCGCUCGUGUGGUUUCAAGAUAUCUUUAUAGCAUUUGAGAUGUAAAUUGCCUACAUUUGUAAUGUACUCAUUUAGCAGUCUCGUUGUUCAGAGACUACCACAACAAAUUUGUGCUGUGUAACUGUCACUUCUCAAUCUUAAAAAGGACUGUUGGUGUUUAAAUUAAUACCUUUGUCUGUAAUGAUAAAUCCGGAUAAACUAAGUCGAUUUGUUUUGGUAGAGAUGCAUAUCAUUCUGGCAUACUCUUAUUUAUAAGUUAUUUUAGGGGGGAAAACCCCAAUUUUCUUCUAAUAUUUUGGUUUAAUUUCCCAUGGCACGUCUUCCCAUUUUACUUAGACACAAGAUGUCUUCUUAAUCCUCCUGCUGGUUCUCUGUUCCUAUAACAUGUUUGGCUUUACUUUGAGCCAUGGAAGAGCGUUGAGCAGCUCUUAUGCUACACUUUCUGGUGAUAUUUUCCUGGUGUCCCAUAUUUAAGGCAGAAUGGACUGUUGGGGGAAGGUAUGUAGGGUAGUUGCUGUAACAUAAAACAUGGCAACUUCUUCUCAUCAUAGAGUUCUGUCAGUGAGGGUGGGGGGACCACCAAAUCUUUAAUAUAUCUUUAUAUGAUUUUUCACAUGGUUAGACAGACAAAAACUAGAGGCACCUUUGCUUCACUAUCCGAAUAAAACUGGAUUCAAUGCUUUCCUGUACUCUAAGCUGGAAAGAUGCAAGUACACAAAUAGAGAGGGUGGGGCUACUCUAGUGUGUAUAUUUAAUAUAGACUAAAAAAAGACUAGGGUCCACUCAACCUUUUUACACAUCUGUUUCUGCUGUUGAUCCUAAAGGGUCAGAAAACGUAAUUCUUGAGCUCAAAAUGGCAAUUCCGAUUUUCUCCUUGUGUUAAAAAGUUUUUGUCCACAUGCUAUUUGUAUUGUAUAUUGUUAAACUAGAUGUUUAAUAUUUUGUUUUGUUUCUAUUUUAGGUCAUAUUCCUGCAUGGCCUGGGAGAUACUGGGUGUGUACAUGUUUGCAAAUAUGCCUUGUUUAUGUAUUUUGUUUUUUAACCAGUCAACAUAUUUAAUUUCUUCUAUGGUCAUCAUUUAAUUCUAUAUAUCUAAUACAAGCAUGUACAAAUACAUCAAGAAAUAAUAGUAUAUGUGUGUAUAUGUAUGUAUGUAUAUAUAUAUAUAUAUAUAUAUAUAUAUAUAUAUAUAUAUAUAUAUAUAUAUAUAUAUAUAUAUAUAUAUAUAUAUAUAUAUAUAUAUAAAAAAUCACUGACACCUGACUUAGUUAUGUUUUUGACUUCGAACUUGAAUCUUCAUGAUUGUUUACUUGUUUUUGGAAAACGGUUAAGUAGAACUCAUGUCAUUUUGAUCUUCUAUUUUCUUAGGCGGUAAGAAGGUGGUUGUAACAUAGAUGUGUAAAGUAACCACAAAAUAUAGGAGCCUUAUAGCCAAUGGUAUGUUUUUUGUUGUUGUUUUUUUGUUUAACCGUGUGGAUACUCUCAUUCUAUUUAGUAUUUUAUUAUGAGCUUUGUUUGCACAGAGAAUCAUAAUAGGUCUCCAGGCAAAACCAUACAUAGUGUUCUCCCCUGUUCUGCACAGCACAUGGCAAAUUAAAGGGGGGGAUUCUUACCUCCCAUACAGGUCUGUAAGGUUUUGGUGGGGCAUGCAGGCUCCUCCUACUCAACAUGGUGACUUGGCAUUAAGUAGGAGGAUCAUUUUGUCACAAAAUGGUUUUAUUUGUUAGAAGUUAUGAAGGAACAGAAACUCUUUAUUCUGGUUAGAUCACCUCACUGGUAAAAGUUCCAUAGACAAGACUUCUAAUGAUACAUAUCCUUUUACCUUAAAGUGUCAUUAGUUGUAAGCUUGUUUCAAUAGUUGUAAAGUAUUAAGGAUUAUUGAAGUGCUAUAUAAAUGCUAAUAAUAAACAUAGUUAAGAAAAUAAAUUCUGAUUGUUUGCAGCAGUAGUGAAAUAUGACUUGCCUUUGAAACAUCAGUAAUGUAACAGGCAGUAACAUUUCUUCUACAGGGAUUGUUAUAUGCAAGAGAAUCUGCAGUUCAGCCUAGGCGGAACAAGUCCCUCCUUCACCCUGGAAUGUUUUAGACAAUUAUGUAAGCCCAUUAUCAGUUUUUCAUGGUACCCAAGUGUAUAUUUUUUUUUUUUUUUUGUAGAGAAAGGUGUAGGUUUAAAUAUCUACUGCCCAUUUACUUAUUCCUCAGGUAACUUUCCAGCAGCGAUGUACAAUAUUAGCGCCUAUAUUUCACACAUUUGACUAUACAUAACAACUUUCCAGCAGCGAUGUAAUUACAAGAUUUCUAAUACUCGCACAAUAAGCCUAAAAGAAAAGUGGUUUGUAACGUACUGAAGGUAAAAGGAAUUGCAAUCCUACAUAUCUUACAGAAGCUGGAGAGCUACUUGUUUGCCAUCAUUGAUCUGUGGUGUAAUCAACUUCAUCAAAAUAUUCAGCCUUAAAUUGUUGUCUUGAUAUUUUUGCAUAGUUCUAAGUGUGCAUUAUCUUUAUAUUCAACAGGCAUGGCUGGGCAGAAGCGAUGGCAAGUAUCAGAAGUCCACAUGUCAAGUACAUCUGCCCACAUGCGUAAGUUUUGUUUGCUCUGUGUUGCUGUGCAGAAUUUUAAACUGGAAAUCAUGUGAAUACAUACAAUGCCAUGUAUAGAUAAUUCCCUGCCCCUCUCUUUUGCACAUAUACACAUUUAUGCUGAUUAACAUUUACUCUGCAGCUGAAAAUCCUCUCCACAACAAUUCUUCCAGCACUAUUUUUCACUGAGAUUAGAAUGAAUACAAUACUGGCUUUUAUGCACAUGUAGCUUUUUGCAUUUCAAAAAGUAAAAUGUUAUCAUUGUGUAGAGAACCUUUUCCACAUGUUUGCUUUGUCUUCCAAUUUUCAACAGUAGUUUGUGUUUUCCUUAUAAAAAUAAAUAAAAUAUGACGAGUCAGAUAGAAAUGGUAUGAGCUAACUUAUGCGAGGGAGCUGAAAAAACAGCACUGUGGGUCUGGGAAUGUUUCUUUGCAAGCUUGCUUAAGUCUUUGAAUGUUUUGCUUGUCUCAAUGUUUCAGUGCCAGUGUGAGUUUCUGUAUGAUGGAUUAGCAAAUCUAUACAGUUUGUUCAUGACCAAUAAGUAAAUCAUGCUGUUCCUCUCGUGGUAAGAUUUGUUUUGUUUGUUUCUACAAAAAGGAAACGUUUUCAUGUAUAGAUAAUAAGCGCGAAUAAAAAAAAAAACACAUUACCAUUGCGUGCUUUUUUUUAUUACAUGGGUGCUUGAUUUGCAUUUUUACAUUUUUCUUUUCCUUUUAGGCCCGUCAUGCCAGUCUCCCUAAAUAUGAACAUGGCAAUGCCUUCCUGGUGAGUAUUGAUGUGCUGUCAUACUUUUUUUUUUUAUUAUUAUUUUUUAUUUUUACCACCUAGUUUAAACAGAGUUUUUCGUAUUCUUGUUCUAGAUAAUUAUUAAAUGGUGUAUUCAAUGUGUAAAGUUCAGUUUUUUGUAUGCAAAAGUAUGCAUACAAUGUGUAUGAAUAGUGUGGUAAGCAUUGAAGUGCAGUUCCUUAUUUUUUUUCUUUCCCAACUUUCAUCUUUAUUGAGUUAUCAAUAGUUUAAAGAGACAAUUAUAUUACAAGUAGAAUGUGUACAGUUCCAUACAGUGUGCAAUAAUAGGUUGACAGUUGUCAAAAUUCCUGUAGGAAAACAAUUGUCAACAUUUCUUUGUUUUCCAAAAUAAUAGUAAAUCAUACUGGAAAAUCUACUGCAUUAUAAACAAGAAUAUAGACCUUGAAAUAAACAAAUCAAAUUAUACCCACUACUUGUUUUGUUUAAUUUAAACACUGAAAAUGGAAAAGUGCAGUUAUUUUUAAUGUGAACUUGAACCUAGAGUCGAUGCCGACAGUCUGACGUGAGGGAGGGAUAGUGCGAUUAUUUAUAUAUAUAUAUAUAUAUAUAUAUAUAUAUAUAUAUAUAUAUAUAUAUAUAUAUAUAUAUAUAUAUAUAUAUAUAUAUAUAUAUAUAUAUAUAUAUAUAUAUAUAUAUAUUAUUUAUAGCUGAGUUAUGGAAAGCCGUGACGAGUACCCUGUACGGAUCUAUUUUACAUUCAAAACUGAUAGGGUUAUUCACUAAACUCCAAACUGAGGCAGAUUGAAUUGCUAAAAUGUCACUAAAUCGAAGACAGAUACAUUUUUCAAAAACUUUUCUCAUUCAGUUUUAAUUUCCUAAAAUUCGGAUGUUCGUGACUUACCCUGUGGGAGCAUACUUUAUGAUCUCAUCGUUGCUCAUUUGCAUUUUUCUAAAACUUCUAAGGCUAAAUAAUAUGACUACCUGAAAAUAUGUAUGGAUUCCACCACGUCAUGUGGCCAUGUUGUGAUUGGUUAUCAAUAAUGCAAAAUUAUAGUUAAAGGGGAACUGUAGGCUUAAUUUUCGCAGUGAAGUUAUUGUGGUUCCUGGGUCCCCUCUUUUUGUGUUAAGGUGUCUAAAAAUGGUUUAACCCUGAACAAUGGGAUGGUGCAACAAGACUCCAGGUGUCAUAAACACUUGCAUUAGAUUAAGUAUUUAUGGUCCUUAGAUUAGUCCCUUUUACAGUUUUAAAAAUUAGCAUUUUAUAUGUUAUAAUUAGGGCAAUUCGUUGGUGACAUCAUGACAAAAUGAUCACAUGAUUGUUUCCCACUUCUCUCUUUAACCUUUUAUUUUUUUUAAAGGAGAACUAUAGGGUCAGGAACACAAACAUGUAUUACUGACCCUGUAGUGUUAAAACUACCAUCUAGCCUCCCUGGUCCCCUCUUGCCUCCCUAAAUAUAUUCAAAUCUUACUUGUAUUCAAGUCUGCAGCUCCUAGCUCUGCCUCUGUUUGCCUGUGAACUGGCUGUCUGUUGACCUCAUCAGAUGUGAUGGUCUAAAACAAUCACAAUGCUUCCCUAUUGGAUUGGAUGAGACUGUCAAGGAGGCAGAACGGGGCAGAGCCAACACAAGUCAAACAGCCCUGGCCAAUCAGCAUCUCCUCAUAGAGAUGAAUUGAAUCAAUGAAUCUUUAUAAGGAAAGUUCAGUGUCUGCAUGCAGAGGGUGGAGACACUGAAUGGCAGUGCUGCUUACUCUGCAACACUGCCCCAGGAAGCACCUCUAGUAGCCAUCUAAGGAGUGACCGGUGGAUUUAUCACUAGACUGUAAUGUAGACACUGCAUUUUCUCUGAAAAGACAGUGUUUACUGCAAAAAGCCUGAAGGGAAUUAUUCUACUCGCCAGAACAAAUACAAUAAGCUGUAGUUGUUCAGGUAACUAUAGUAUCCCUUCAAUGUACAUAUUUCUGUUUCAUUUUAAUACUUGCAAUGGGUUAUAAUUGUUGUAAUGUGGAUGCCUACUGUUUUCUUUUUUUUUUUUUUUUUUUAAAUAUAUAUAAAAAAUUUAUGUAAUUUAUUUGCAUUUUUUUCCUUCUGUCUUCUAAGAGAUGGCCUAUGCUCCCAAUGAACUGACUGAACUUUAAUGCAGUGUAUAACUUCACAGCUACUGAAUUCAAGCAACAAUCUGAGCGCUGUAGCUUUUAGCUCUGUUUUGUAAGAGCUUAUUUUACAGCAACCCUCAGUGAAUGUAGGCCAAGUACCAGUGAUCCUUUCUUUUGGCUAGCUUACAAAUAGUUGCCAUAUGCCAUUGAAUUUAAUAAAUAAAGCUAUAGACAUUUUUUGCAAUAUAAAAGUAAAAUAAACUAAAUCAGCAGUUUGUAAUUGUCAAUAUCCUUUCCAAUAAAAGGCUAAAAGUAAACUAAAUUUACUCUGGUUUGUGUUUAUUGCUUUUAUAUGUUUACUCAGAGGCUUUAAAAGUACCCAGAGAUUUUCAUGAAGCAAACAUUUAUUUCAUAAAUGGAAAUAAUUGGGGGGAGGAGGAGAUAAUAGAUCAGCUGCCCCCCUAAUGUAGAGCAGCCAGGAGUCCUGACAUGGAGGACUCUUUCUUCUUACAGGACUGGCAACUGAAAAUCUGUUACACAACUAUGUGUGUGACUGUUUAUGGGAGUAUGUAUGUCUGUGAUUUAUUGUCUGUGCAAAGCUAAUGCACUAGGCUCAGAAUUAUUAAAGUACCGUAUAGGGUUAAUGCUGUAUGUGCAGGUGUGGAGUCAGUGCUGGGCUAUAUAGAUGUUUGUGUCUGUGUAUAUGUGUGAAAAUUUAGUUUGAGAUCCCUGGGUAAAGCCUUCUAGGAUUAAACACUUAAUGCAGACAUUGUUGAGAAGGCACUAUUGGAUUCAGAUGUGGAAUAUGUAUUAACAGUAAAUGUAUUUUGUUAACCCCCCUCAUUUCCUUACAUGUAAAUUUAACCUUAUUUUUGUUUUCUAUUAAUGAGUAUUGUUUGCUACUAUAUAGCUAUUUUGGUAUUUUUAUGUAAAAAUGCAAUGCCCGUUAGUCAGAGGGAGCAGAUUGAAUAUAUUUUUGGUUAAAAAAAAAUACGUUACCUCUACAUGACAUACACGAAAUGUGAUGUCUUUUCUUGACCUACUUAUCAUAGGAGAAAGACACGAGAUCUCUUCAAACAUGAUUAUAAUCAAAGCCUAUUAUAAUACUGUUUUCUAAAGCUUUUUUUAUUUUGUUUCAUUUCCUUGUAGUGCUGCAGCAGGAAGAGCAAAUCUAUCAGGAGACUUGCAUAUAUCUACUUCCUCCUAAUUAAUUUUUAAAUUACCUGAUAAUUAAAAAUUCAUACUGUCCACAGGGCAAAGCAGCCUUGGCGUUCUCUGUACACGCCAGAGUUUUAGAAUUACAGCUCCUUAAGGCUUUAAGCACACACAAUUCUGUUUGGUAAUGCUAUGGCUUCAUUUAGUUGACGUAAUAGACUGGUAUGGAUGAAGGUAGCUUAAUUGUACCUGUCUGCAAUUUUUACUCAGGGCAUUAUGUCUUAAUUAUCUGUGUUUUUGAUGAUUUUAGGUUUGACAUAUUUGGGUUGUCUCCAGAUUCUCAGGAAGAUGGUGCUGGCAUCAAGCAAGCAGCAGAGAACAGUAUGCAUCAUUUGAUUACAUUUUAUUUAUUAAUUAUAGUUUACAACUAAAGCUUUAAAGGGACUCUCCAGUGCCAGGAAAACAAAUCGGUUUUCCUAGCACUGCAGGACCCUGCAGUGCCCCCUCCCCUCCCCCCCCACCCCAAAUCCCAUGUUGCUGAAAGGGUUAAAACCCAUUCAGUGACUUGCCUGAAUCCUAAUGGGCUCUGCCCACGCUUCUCCCCCACUGGCAACGGCCGCGUGCAUUAGACCUCCCCAUAGGAAAGCGUUAUUCAUUGCUUCCCUAUGGGGAUUCCAGCGACGCUGGAGGUCCUCAUGCAGAACGUGAGGACGUCCAGCAGCGUUUAAAACACCUUUCGUGUUUUAAGAACAUGGAAGUCCCUCUAGUGGCUGUCUGAUAGACAGCCACUGGAGGAUUCAAGACUGCAAGGUAAUUAUUGCAGUAAAAAUUGCAGGAUUAAGAGGGAUGGGAGUUGGCACCCAGACCACUCCAAUGGACAGAAGUGGUCUGGGUGCCUGGAGUGUCCCUUUAAUUUUAAGUAAAGGCAAGAGUUUGAAAUGUUUGUUACGCCUUAAAGGAACAAUAUAGUUUCAGGAAUACAAACUGGUGUGGCAGUUUAGGUCUGUAACGGAUCACCUGGCACCCCGACUGGGUACCUCCGUUAAAGGAUGCUCCUAGCGCUUCCUGAGGACUCCAAGCACUGCAGCAGACACCACAACCACCGAACCGGAGAAGCAUAUGAAUCCUCCCAAGCAUAUGAAUGCUUUAGACAGUUGAAUAGGAACCAUACGAAUAGGUUUACUCUCCUAGCAGUCAAACUGGAACAGCAUACAAUAAAUCCUUCCUCCAAUAAUGAGACGACACGUCACUUUGAGGGUUAAAACAGGAACUCCCUGUACUGUCACAUACAGUCUCUUUUAUUCCCAAUCCACAAACAUAGUACAGCCCACAGGGCGUUACAAAACAGCCAGUCAAUCCAUACAAUACACCCAGACACUCCCAAACAAAAUCCUCCCCUCUGCCUGUGAUAUGAUUACUGAACACAAUGGGUAAUCUAAUUAUCACAGCCAGAGAAAUACAGUUUCAUAAAACACAUCACAGGGACCCCAAAACAUGCAAUAACCCCAUAAAAAGUAUAUCCUUGGAACUGGGGGAUCUGGGUGAACCACAUAUCCAAAAUUCACCCAGAUCCGUUCAGUACUUUGGAAAAUACAGUUUAAUGCAGAUUCUGCAGAACAUAUACAGGCUAAAGGAAAAACAAUCACUGUAUAAUGUGUCCCCUGCUGUAUAGUCCAAAACCACUGCACGAUGUCUCUGUGCACCAAAUACUGGCGAGAUGGCACCGUGUUGAAAAGUCCAAACAGUGUCUGGGAGUUAAAAUGGCCGCCAUCCAUUGUUCUCACCAUGUGCUUCUGAUACAGGAAAUGGUGGCAACCCAGUAACUCCACAGUAUGUCCCCAGAUGGUUCUUAAAAAGGGCCAGCAGCAGCACAACACAAAUCCAUUAUGCCCAAAUCAUGUCUUUAAAGGGCAAUACAUCCCAGGGGCCAUAGUCACAUGGCAGGAGGCUGGCAACCAGGCUUCUCCAGUGCAUGGUGGCGAGGUUGGUUCCGCCACAAGGUCCCUGGCCCCGCUCCGAUUGAGCUGAAAAAGAGGUUUAUACUUGCGUUUUUUUUUUUUUUUUUUCCUCACACCACGCUGGUCUCUACAUGACUGGCUCCACCUCAAUGGUUGAGAUCAUCAGUCUUGAUGUCAGCCAAUCCAAUGUUUUCCCAUAGGAAAGAAAGGAUUCCUCACUGCACUGGUGCUGCGCAGCAUUUUCCAUCAAAAGAUGUGGAAUGUAGAAGUUGAAGGGUUCCCAAACAUCAUCUUGUCCUGAAAAUUGUUUUAUGAUGUUUGUAGAGCAUAAAGUAAGCCUGUUCAUUCAUAUCAAACUAUUUUAUUUUUUUAGUUAAAACUUUAAUAGACCAAGAAGUGAGGAAUGGGAUUCCUUCAGAUAGAAUCAUUUUGGGAGGCUUUUCUCAGGUGAGCUAUCAUUAAUGCGUGUGCUUAAAAUUUUAACUCCAUUUUACUUUUAAUGUGGUGUUUAACUUAUUUUGUCCAACCAUUUUUUUGUGAAAACAAAACAAACAAAAAAAAAAAAAUAAUAUAUAUAUAUAUAUAUAUAUAUAUAUAUAUAUAUAUAUAUUUAUUAUUUUUUUAUUUAUUUAUUUUUUUCCUUGCAUACUAAUGUUUCAGCUAUAUGGGAUACCUUAUGUAAACUCAUAUUUAUCAAUCUGAUCCAUCACAGCUUUCUAAAGCCCUCUGCUUAGACACAUGCAUGUGAUACACUGUGAAAGUGACAUUUAUAAUAAGUAUAUAGUGUGUGUCUGCAUGUUUUUUUUUUUUUUACUUUACUUUUGAGGACCACCCCAUAUAGUUAACUUACACUCAAUAUUCCUAAUGAUAGCCUGUGGCAAUAGAUAAAGGUAUUCUCUGUUCCUACUGUAGUCAGGCUGGUAGAUAAAGGAACUACAUUAGAAAGUACUUUACAAUAGAUUUGUAUUUUUUAUUUUUUUUAUUUGCAUUUUUACAAUUUGAUUUUUACACACACUUAAUGCUUCAAUAAUCAGAAGCAGUGAGCAUGAAAUGCAUUUAUGACUUGCUAGGCAUGGAUGAAGGCACACAGUUUGAUUUGCAAUUAACCGUAUUCAUUUUCUGCACGUCAGUUGUUCUGUUGGAUUUACUCUUCUAAUCUGCUACUUUUAAUGAUACCUGCAAGUUGUGGAUUAUCUCUGCUACAUACAGUAUUGCAAAGGCAUAUUGACAGCUCUUUUUAAAGUUAAAAAGGAAAAGAAAUCUUUGGUUUUGGUCAGUGGAUUUGCGUUAACAUGCACCUGGCAUAAAAUAAAUAUAAAGUGGUGGCCCUUAGAAAACCUUUGAUAUAAACAGCUUGUCAGUCACAUUUCUGAAAAGUAUAUCGAAUAGGUUUUGUUUUCAAUUGCAACUCGUUGUUGACUUUCAGCUAUAAACUGCAAUUGUAGGGGCUGAGUACAAAUACUUGGGCACCCACAGUGGUAAAAAUCUCUAUAUUCUAGGCGUUUUAGAAUGUGGUAUUUAGUAUUGUGUGUGUGUGUGUGUGUGUGUGUAUGCAAUUUGUGUCCUGGAUGUGCCAGGUUUGAACCAGAUAACAAUGUUGGCUGCUAAAUCCUUAAAGGAACACUCAAAGCACCCAAACAACAUUGGCUUACUUAAGAAGUUUUGGUGUAUAGAUCAUUCCUCUGCCCCCUCAAUGCUCAAUUCUAUGCCAUUUAGGGCUUAAUUUGUUUAUGCAUCCCUAACUAAACCUCUUCUCACGAAACUCCUGUAAAGAGAGAUCUAAUUUUUAAACUUCCUUUAUUGCACAGUGUGUUUUAUUUAGAAUUUAUCUCCUGCUAGGUUAUUAACCUGCAGGAGCCUCCCCUGUGUGUUAAAGUUCAAACGACAGAGCAGGCGAUCACUUUUAACGUAAGCACAGCGUGCUUUAAGAUCUGGUUAAAAAAAAAUAUUUUUAUGGAGGCUGUGUAAGUCACAGCUAGAGAUGUGGUUAGAGCUGCGUAAACAAAAACAAGUGAUUGAACUCCUGGAUGGCAAAGAUCAAAAUAAAACGUAAACAAAACUUGGAAUUUGACUAUAUGUCUGGUAAACCGUAAUUCACCUCUUUUAUAUUAAGUGCACCUACACUUAUUAUAUAAAAUUUUAUUCAGGAGAAAUAGGGCUUUCAUUAAACAUCAAAUAUUUAGCUAUGAAACAAUUUACUAUGAAUAAAAUAUAAAUAAUGUGAGAAAUUAAGAAAUGUGUUUUUUUUUUUUUGUUUUUUUUUGUUCUGCUUGACAUUUCAACUGUGAAUGUCAUAAUACUGUUUGCUUUUACUGCAAUAAAUUACACACAUUUGUAUUCAGCGAUGUCUCACGUGUGAAACAUUACCCCCUAUGUACAGGUUUUAUGGUGUCUUGGAAAGUUACAGGGUUAAAUAUAGUUCUAGCAAAUUAAAUUCUCUGUAAUUUCUUCCUGGGUUGUCAGGCAGGUCCUGCGAAUUGUAAUUAACAAAAUGACCUAAUUAUGUAAAAAUAUUUCAUAAAUAUAUACGUGUGUGUGUGUGUGUGUGUGUAUAUGUAUGUAUCUGAUCAUUUUUAAUGUACAUCUAACUGUGUUUAAACUUUAACUUUAUUACAGGCAGCAGGAGGACUACCUGUCAUUCCAGGCACUCCCCCUGCUGGCACUGUUAUGGACGGCUAUUCCGUCCAUGUAAUCGUGAGGUCCUUGUGAUCAGCAUGCCAGGCGAGUCCCCCCAUCGCGAUUGCUGGUGUGGGAUCGCCAGCGAUCAGGUUAGAGAAUAGAACGGCGGGGACGUGCUACGCCGCCCAUCAGCGUUUAGAGCCAGGUCCCCAAGGACAGCAUAGCACGCCUGCCGUCCUUAAGGGGUUAAGUAGGGGCAUGGUCUGUACACAGAAACUCCUUCAUUAAGUUAGAGAGACAAUUUAGUCACCAGAACAAUGACCGCUUAAUGUCGUUGUAAUGUCUAUAGCAUGUUCUUGCAGCCUUUAUAAUGUAAAUACUGCCUUUUCAGAGAAAAGGCAGUAGUUACUGCCUAGUAACACCUCUAGUGGCAGUCACUCAGACCACCAUGAGAGGUGCUUCCUGUGUCAAUGCUGCAGUGUCCAGCAUUGGCGUUCAGCAUAUCCAUGCUCUGCAUAGAUGCACUGAUUCAAUGCAUCUUUGAAGAGAUGCUGAUUGGCGCAGCGUUGAAAUUGUAAUUCCUGUAAAAUUAUCAGCCAAUCAGACCUUAGUAAAGCUUUGGAUAAGUUAUUCAGUUUUCAAUUUCCUGUACAUUACUAAACAAUUAAAUGCAUAAUACACAAUUGUUUAACAUAUACAUCUUUUUUUGUAAUUGUAGGAAAUUAUAUUUCAAGGGGCACCAUUACAGAUUAUCUUUGUGUAAUGAGGCUAAAAUGGUUAACAAAGCACUAUAGCCUCACCCGUUUGUAACAAUUUUUGAGUAGUUUAACAAAUAAAUGGUCUCUCUGAACAUUUCUAUUCGCCUAAGUGUUUGAAGCCUUUCAUUGCUGAAAUACUAAAACUGCACCCAAAGACUCCUUGCGUCAUAACCUAUAAUAAGCUCCCGUAGUUAUGUUUCAUUGAUUAGAUGCAUUGAUAUACUAUACAUUACCUAUAUUUGUGUGAAUAAAAUUACUUUUUUCUUGAAUAGGGAGGAGCAUUGUCACUGUACACUGCUCUUACUUCAACGCAGAAGUUAGCAGGUAUUAUCGCACUGAGUUGUUGGCUUCCAUUGAGGUCUUCCUUUCCUCAGGUAUUUGUGCAUUAUGGGUUUAUAUCUGUGAUCUGAAUGGGGAUAGUUGUCAUUUGGAUGAGGCGGGGGGAGAGGGUAAAAUAUACACUCUUAGUUCCUCCUAAAUGGAACUGCACAUUAUUGUAAUAAUGUCAAGAUUGAAAAUGAAUCUUAUAUGGAUGUAUACAUAUGAUUAAUAUUUGGGAUAGGCCUGUCACAUCAACAUUGUGCCCCAUUAUUUUGCCAAAGUCAGGUAUUUUUAUAGGCUUCAUGAAGAUUAAAGAUAGUUUUAAAUGGUUUUCACUGUAUUUUGUGUAGUGUCAGUUGGUCUCUACACUCCCCUUAUUAUGUAAACUUGUUCAGAUAAGUCCUGCUUUUUGUAACACCUCAAGAACCAAGGUUAUUCUUCAUUGUAGGAGCAGGAUAUUGUUAUUUUUAUUAUUUAUAAGGCAUUUUGUUCAAUCAAAAUGUCAUUGUUUCCAAUUUAGUGUGUCUGUCAUUUGGUUCAAGCAGAGCCCGCUCUGCUUUGUACUGGAAGAAUAUGUGAUCACGUUGGAGGUCCAGAUAGGGAAACCCAACUGGGGUAUUUUUGAACACUUUCCAGUGUUUUAAUAGGCUGCAAAUUGGUAGAUUAAAAUAUAUCCCUCUUACUCUAAAGCGAGAGGCAAUGUUUGUGCUUAGUAUUUCCCUACAAAAUGCAUACCCCAAGUCUUGGGGUAUGCUGUGCCUCAGAAGAAAAAAAUGAAUUGCAAACCCUGUGGUAAUUGAUCCACUCUAAAGUAAACCUGAAACUAAUUGCACCUGAUUUUAUUUGUGUAUUAUACUGCUUUUCAAAGUAUAAUCACAAAUUAUCUAAAUUUAUAUAUAUAUAUAUAUAUAUAUAAUUUUUUUUUAUUGGUGUUAUUCUAUGUGAUAUUUAAUUUACCUGAGUGUGGGGAAAAAUAGUAAUCUUAAAUAUUGAGCAUCUGCAUAACACAUAAAUGUUGUCUCAUAGAAAUGUAUAAAUUUUCAAUACACUUUUUUUUUUUUUUUUUAAUGAUUGUUUUCAUUUGUAUCUCCUAGGCUGCUGUGAAUAGUGCCAACAAAGAUACAUCUGUUUUACAAUGUCAUGGAGAAAGUGAUCCACUGGUUCCCCUCAUGUUUGGCUCUUUAACCUCACAGAAACUGAAGACCAUAAUAAACCCAGUUAAUGUUAAUUUCAAAACCUAUUCAGGAUUGACACAUAGCUCAUGCACCCAGGUGAGCUUUAUGUUUUCAAAAAAAAAUUCAUUCUGCUUCAGAGGUUCACCUCAAACUCUUAUCCUUGAUAAACUUCUAUUCCCACCUAGGUCAGUUUUUAGUGAUUUUGUAGACUUUCCAUCGAUGUGUCUCGGUUCAUUUCAUUUUAACUUUCGUGCACACAUUUAAUGUAUACUUUCACCUGAAUUCUAAUUCUCCAGUUUUCUUAUAAUUUUGAACAAGCUGAAUUAAAAAAUUCUCCAGUUUUCUUAUAAUUUUGCACAAGCUGAAUUAAAAAAUAAAUAAAAAUGUCCUCUGCAAGAUGUUCUGUUCCAUAUCAAAAUUGUUAGAUACUGUCAAUCUUAUUAAAAACAAAAAUACAAACACAAAUGCUCAUUAACUCCAUGCAUUUGUCAAGCCCUCACUUUUAAAAAAAUAAAUAAAAUGUAUUCUUGUCUGAGCCAUUUGUUCUUUAUGCUGAUAAAGGAAAGAAUAAGCAUAAAUAAGGGAUGAACUGUCUUUUAAGCCUAAGCUUGUAUAUUAUGCCAAUUGACAAAGUCUUUUUUAUGAACCUUUGUUAUUACUGCCAACAAACCUAAUACUGUAUUAUUCUGCAACUAGUUAAAGCUUGUAGUUCAAGCUAAUUACAAUCACCACCAUAUCAAAUUAUGUUGUUUGUGAAAUAAACAGGGUUCAAAUAAAAAACAGUGUCUCUGUGAAACCUUAUGGAGAAACUACAGCGGAUAAUUAAGGAACUCUAAUCUAGAUCAGUGAAUUGUUUAUGUAAAAAUAUAUUGCACUGGCCUGUUUUUGAGCAUGUAAUGCAUGAGUACGUUUUCUAUUUGUUUGUAAAAGGCAUUCAGAGAAGAAUGAUUCAGCUGAUGGGGUGAUUCCCCUACACAUAAUAUUUGCAAAGGAAAACAUAAGCAAACUGUCACAUAUAGAGACCUCUUUUGAUUCUAUGCCAUCUGUGUUGAUUUUUCCAAAGUUGUUUUCCUAAAAGGGACACUUUUAAUCCCCUAAAGCACUUCAGCUUGAUACAGAUCAACAGCUUUUGCAACCUGUUUUUUUUUAAAUAUACCACCAAUGAAAAAAAAUGCAUAAUUAAAUGCAAAUCAGUUUCAGUGUCUUCUCUAUUCAAGCCUUAGACUGCGAAGUAGCUAGAAAUAGCUGACUGGUGCCAUGUCCAAGUCUUUGGGUUUAAAUAUUCGUUAACAGUUCAACACCUUGAGGUAAGCCUCCUUGCACCAUAACAUGUUCAUUCCAAUAAAGUUAUGGUGCCUGGAUUGUUCCUUUAAAAAAAUAAAAAUAAAAAAAAAUAAUCAGGUCUGUUGUAAUUAUCAGAUACUGCACAGAAGACCAAGGCUUUCCUUGGUUUUCUUGCUAUUUAACAGAGUAGUAGUUGGACACGUUUUCUUAGCAAAGUUAUAAAGUAGUAGUAAAGAGAACUGUAUGCUAAAGUAAAAUUUUUGUGAAAUUAGGCAUUUAUUUUCUCAGCUGUUUUUAGGAUGUCUAGUAAAUGCUUGUAGAUAAACCGGUCACAAAAUGUCAAGCAGUGAUCUUGUUCCAUCCCCAGGUUAUAUGAACGAACAGAUCUACAUGGAAAUGUACCAUGUUUUUGCAAAAGUGCAGCUACAGACUCCGUGGAAUAACAAAGGCAAAUUGACAUCUAUCCAACAGUAAUGCUUGCAAUUGCUAAGCAAAUGAUGUUAUGCAUUAACUUGUAUUUAUGCAUCACGUUUAUUUAAACUGUCUUGUUUUUCAACAGGAGAUGUCCGACAUCAAGCAAUUUAUCGAGAAACAAUUACCUCCUGUCAAUUGACCAGCUCCCAAAUGCCUUCCUGAAAAGUACACCAGCAGCAAUCACUGUACUCUAAACCCUUAAGCAAGAAAGCAUAUUAAUAAUUGGAAAGUCAUUCACAGGGGAGAUAAGAAUAUAAUUAUGAUGUAUCUGUUUAACAGAGGCUGUACAAGACCGCUGACUGCACUGAAUAUCAAAUAUAGUGAUCUAUGGGUUGAAAUCUUCCCUACAAUGCAAGGGCUACUAAACCUUUUAUUACAGAUAGGCCUCUAGCACCAUAUAGCAGAAAUAUAAUUAACUUGGCAUGGUAAAAUAUUGCUGUACAUGAGCACAUAAACGAAGUUAAUGGCUCAUUUUGUAUUUCUUUUACUCAUGUUAUAUUUACUUUUCUGGAAAACGUGUCCAGCAUAUAGUUUUGCAUUGGACGUAGGUUUUCUCAAUAUCCCUGGAAAUUUGGCUUCUGUGCUAUGUCUCCAAUUGUUAUAUUUCUUUGAACAUAUGUUCUUUCAAACAUACACACUCUUUACUUGAAAAUUCCUUUUCCACUGAUGGAAUCUCAGUUAGCAUGUGCUAGAGAAAUAGGAGGCAUUCUUGUCUCCUUCAACCGUGAGACAUUGUAAUCCAAUUAAACUGCAGGUUUAUUAUGGAUAUUGUCUGGUGGUUAGAACUACACCUCUUGAAGCAUGGUUUAUGAAUGAUUUUGCUUCUAGAGCAUUGGUAUGUCAGAGUAGCCUAGAUAAUGACCAAGCUUACCUGCUUUCAAAGCUGAAGAUUAUUCAGGGGUAUGUGAUUAACUGCAUUGCUGGGUAUAAGCUUCUUAAUUUUGUAGGUACCAGAAAAUAACACGCAGAAAUGUGCAAGACAUAAUAGAAACUAUGAGACUGGGACUUUCAGUAGGGAGACAGAUAGGUGAGCUUUUCUUUUUACAAAAAGGAAUUAAUAUCACUAUUUGGAAGAGUAAGUUGGAUUUUGUGACAAGACUAUGCUUUAUGGUACAAAAUAAUUCCAUGAUAAAAUCCCUUUUGAAUCCUGGAUUGUUCUGCAUUCUUGACGCACAAGACUUUGGUGGUAGUCCUCUGUGAAUGACUUCUAAUAAACCUAAGAGAAGAGCAUUUUGCAAACUUGUGAAUGUCAACACUGUACGCAGCCCUGCUUUAGAUUUUUUUUUUUUCUCACGAAGACCACAGGCAGUCGAGCCAGUUAUCUCAGGCAGUAAGUAGAGAAGAGAAAAGAAAUGGACCAUAUAUUGCACAUAGCUUUAUCGUUAAUGCAAACCCUGCUUAAUCCCUAGUAGACCUGCUAUUCAAAUAACAAUCACCGACAAUUUAGAAUAUUUGAAGCAUGGCUGUGAACUUGCUGCUUUUUCCUUUUCAUUUAUUAGUAAAUUGCUAAACUACAUUUCUUUAGAAAACUGUAUUUUAUAUUACAAAAGAUAACAAUCAUCUUUUUAACCAUUCUUUCUUAGUUUAUUUCAUGCCAGUGAGUAGUUAACCUGAAAGUAAACAGCUAAUUUUCUUUAAUUUAAUGUUCAUGUCAUCAAAUGUUGUUCGUUUUUGUUUUUUCCCCUUGUAUUUAUUCAUAUGGUUAUUCCAAGACCGAAAAUUAUGAUCAAGCCAUAUUUUAACAUUACAGUUGCAUGAUAAACAUCCUGGUUGCUUUUCUACUUUUUAAAUUGUUUAUUCUUUAAAGGUAAUGGGAGACUUUGAUUUAAUUUUUAUUUGUAACAUUGUUUUAGUUAUUUAUGGUAGACUAUCUUUGUGUGUGCUUUUUUUUUUCCUCUCUAGAGUGACUGGUACAUUUAUGGUGGAGGGGAAAAAAAAAAAAUCCUGUUUCAAGACAACAUUAAAGCCAUGCUUUGAGCUUGUUCAAAAAUAUUGUGAAAUAAUGUUUUGUUUUUUUUGAGAGCCAACUUACUUUAGACAUUUAUACAUUGUCCAAAUAAAAUAAAAAAGGUACUUAAAGCA